CUCUUUCUCUCUAAGAAAAUAUGAACGAUUUUGUCUGUAUUGUCACUGGUGCUAAUUCUUUAGCUGGUAUUGGUCGAGCUGCUGUAUUUUCCCUUGCUCAAAAGGGAGUACGCGCUAUAUACGCUACAGAUAUCAACAAGGAUCAUUUAGAUACACUUGCACAAGAGAUCAAAGCAACCACCCAUGUUGAGUGCAUUCCUUAUCUUGUAGACGCAAGCUCAGAAAAAGACAUACAGGCUGUCAUUUCGGACGCUUUAGAUAGAUUUGGUCGACUCGACGUCUUUUUUGCAAAUGCUGGUGUUGCCCAUCCUCAGCGUAUGAAUACUGAAACAGAAGAAACGUUUCUUCGUGUGAUGCGUAUCAAUGCAUGGAGUGUUUAUGCAGCCAUCAGGAAUGCAUCGGAAGCUAUGUCAAAGACCAGUGACAAGAAACCUAUAGGUGGUGGCUCCAUUAUUGCUACAGCUUCAGUUGCUGGUAUUCGAUCAGGUGCUGGCCCAGUGGGUUAUUCAGCUUCAAAAGCAGCUGUCAUCAGUAUCUGUCAGUCUAUGGCAUGGAGGUUAAGAGGCAAACAUGUCCGUGUCAAUGCUGUUUGCCCUGGCUUUACUCAAACAGAAAUGACCAGUCGGCUAAAAAAAGAAGCAGAUAAAGAUGAAGAUGCAAGAGAAGCUUUAAACCGAGUAACCCCUUUAGAAAGAUGGGGCCAGCCAGAAGAUAUUGCUACUAUGGUAGCCUAUUUGGCCAGUUCUGACGCUUCCUUUAUCACUGGGCAAGAUAUCAGAGUGGAUGGCGGACUUAGUGCCUCGUUACCUUAUGCCCCUUUUUUCUCAAGAAUUUAAAAUAAACAA